UAACACGACAUCGUAGCAAAAAGUAGUUGUACAAACAGCUGCCUAAAAUUCGCGUAGUAAAUCAAAUUUAAAAUAAUAUCACAAAAUGUUGGACCUAUUUAGCAUCUUCAGUAAAGGGGGUAUUGUGUUGUGGUGUUUUCAGAGUACGAGUGAAAUAUUUACACCCUCUGUAAAUGCGUUGAUACGAAAUGUUAUCUUACAAGAACGUUCUGGUAACAAUACCUUUAGUCAUAACGCACUAAGCCUUCAGUACAAGCUCGAUAAUGAAUUUGAGCUAGUUUUCGUAGUAGCGUACCAACGCAUACUACAAUUAUCGUACGUGGAUAAAUUCCUGAACGAUGUGCACUUGGAGUUUAGGGACAAAUACAAGAAUGAAUUGGAAGGUGGCAGGUAUAUCAUGGACUUUGAUUUCAAGACAUCCUUUGAUAACAUACUUAAGCAGUGUGAACUAUGGGCAAAGUCCCAAGCUAAACUUCCAAAGCAAAUGCGUACCUUUGAAGACUCACAGAAGUCUAAAAAGACUGUUGCAUCUAUGAUAGAGCGUAAGGGAGAAGAGAAGAGUAAGAAGUCUGUAAAAAUAGUAGAAAACAAGAUAGUGCCUAAUGGUAAAGUAGAGGAAUCACCUGAGCCAGACGAUGACGUCAUCGCCGCAAACAGGGCCAAGCUAGCUCAGAAACUGGCGGCUAAGACCAAGAAGGACACAAAGAAAUCACCCAAAAGCCCGAAACCAAUAGUCACGGAGCGCGUUAAGAAGCCCCGCGUGUGGGAACUGGGCGGUGGCUCACGCGAUCUACCAUCGCUGGAAUACAGCACCGAUAAGGAUGCUGCGCAGUACGACCAAGUAAAGCCUGAAUAUCAAGAGUUGUUGGGUACAAUGAAGGGAGCUAUCCGCGACCUUGAGGUGGAGUCAGACGAUAGCAGCAGUGAGGAGGAAAUGGAACAGCAACAGGCCACUCCCAAAAAAAGCGGCGGCAUGUUUAGCAUCUUCAAAGGUCUAGUAGGAUCUAAAGCGUUGACAGAAGAAUCGAUGCGUCCCGUACUGGAUAAACUCCGUGACCACUUGAUCGGGAAAAACGUGGCGGCCGAUAUUGCUAACAAACUGUGCGAUUCCGUGUCUGUUAAACUCGAUGGAAAGGUGUUGGGAACCUUCGACAGCGUCGCCAAGACCGUGAGAGCCACUUUGACGGAGGCUCUGGUACAGAUCCUGUCUCCGAAGCGUCGCGUUGACAUCCUGCGGGACUGCUUGCACGCUAAACAGCAAUCGCAGCCUUACGUCAUGGCGUUUUGCGGGGUGAAUGGCGUUGGCAAGUCUACGAACCUGGCGAAAAUCUGCUUUUGGCUGAUCGAGAACAAGCUGUCGGUGCUGAUCGCGGCGUGCGACACGUUCCGUGCGGGCGCCGUAGAGCAGCUACGAACGCACGUGCGACGCCUCGACGCCAUGCACCCGUCCAUGGUGCACCUCUACGAGAAGGGCUACGGCAAGGACGCGGCGGGCAUAGCGAUGGAGGCGAUCAAGUUCGCGGCGGACUCAAACAUCGACGUGGUGCUCAUCGAUACAGCGGGUCGCAUGCAGGACAACGAGCCACUGAUGAGGGCACUGGCCAAACUGAUCAAGGUCAACGAACCAGACCUCGUCCUGUUCGUAGGCGAAGCACUCGUAGGCAACGAAGCCGUCGACCAACUCGUCAAGUUCAACCAGGCGCUGGCGGACCACAGCUCCACAUCAAAUCCCCAUGUCAUAGACGGUAUCGUCCUGACCAAGUUUGACACCAUCGACGACAAAGUUGGCGCAGCUAUAUCUAUGACAUACAUAACCGGGCAGCCCAUAGUGUUUGUUGGCACGGGACAGACGUACACCGAUCUUAAAGCCUUGAACGCGAACGCCGUAGUUCACGCUUUGAUGAAGUAACUCAGGUUGACAAACUUCAAGUUGGCCAUUUUAAGUCAAUUAGUUUCAUAAUUGGUCAUAACAUAAAACGGUACUCCAACAUUAAUUUGACAAUAAUGUUCUCCAAAUCAAUCGAAUGCCUUAAUCUUAGAAACUUAACUUAGUCGUGUUAUUUUUGCUGUUGGUAUAAAAUUGAAGCUUAUAUCAUUUAUGCGGUGUCGGACUGACUAAGUUUGACAAAAUCGUUGAUAAAUUUGGUGCCGCCAUAUUAUAGAAAUACACCGACCUAGAAACCCUAAACGCGAACGCUGCAGUUCACAAUUUGAGUAUUUAUGGGCCAUCUUUAGUCAAUUAUUUUCAAAAUUGGUUAUAACAUAACAUACUUCGAGCCUACAACAUUAAUAUGACAAUAAAGUUCAAAUCAAUCGAUUCUCUGAACUAAGAAAAUUAUAAAACGUGUUUUUAAGGGUCGAUAUAACACUGAAUCCUAGUGGAUAAACCUUCGUGUUUCCUUUCGUGGAGAACGAAUUUGAGCCCCUACACGCUGCAUUGACUUUUCGGAGUUAUGUGCGCUUUUAAUUAGGCAAAAUAAAUAUCACUUGCUUUAAACGGUGAAGGAAAACAUCGUGAGAAAACCUGCCUCAGAGUUCUCCAUAAUGUUCUCAACGCCAUGUAAAGUCUACCAAUCUGCAUUUGGCCCGCGUGGUAGAAUACGGCCUAAACCGGGAUAAUGGGUUAUGAUGAUAAAACUAAACGGUGGGUGGGUAACUAAGUAAAACUAAGUUUAAAACCAUCGAUAAACAAUGCAAUAAAUCUUAGAAGAACCUAUAUAGCGUUAUAGUUUAUUUAUAUAAAUAUAUAUAUAUAUAAACUAUAACUAUAAAUAUAUUUAUAUAUAAAUAAAUAUAGUAUAUACGUUGUGAGGUACAGUUCACACUUUGAAAUAGUAAUUUUGUCAUGGUUGUCAAACUUUAGGGUUUUCAAGUACAAGUGUAUUGCCAAAUAAAAAUAGUUUAAAAAUUGGUCAUAGCAUUACGUAUGUAUCGAGGAUAAAGAUGCCUUAUAGCGUAUUCAAUGUUUCACGCUUUGAUGAAGUCAUAUUGCUUUAUCACAGUGUCAAACUUGAAUGAAAUUUUUGGAAAUGGGGUCUUUAUAUAAACCAGUCUUUCUGUAAUACCGCAUAGAUAUCCACUUUCACUACUGCUUAAGGUGUCUGAAUGCUAAGUAAGAUAUUCUAUCUAUGCGAUCGCUUAUAACUUAACGACGAUUUGUAUGGAAUCGUUAGAGCGCCAUCUUGUGUCAAUACUAGGAUUUUCCCCAUAUUCUCACUAGAUGGCGCUUUUUCAUGUACACUAGGUAGGGAUUUCUAAAAUCUUCGAUCUUGUGCUGCUUUCAGAACUAUACGUAUUUAGUUAUCAUAAUCUAAAAACCUGUAUAAUUUGCCUUUCCCUUUAAGACAUCUUCGAUGUUUUCUCGACUUCUGUAUAUUUAAAUAUCCUUUUUAAGUGGCGCCAUCUUCGCUCAGUUUCGUGUCGGAUAUCCUGUUUAUUAUUUGUCUUGUUAAAUUUUAUUACUGAGAAAUACUUCUUAUUUUCGAUAUACAAUAUCGUGGGCUACUUUUUUAUUGAUUUAAAGUAUAAAGAACACUAUUCAUUUUGAGAACUCUUCAAUCUUAUGCUGUGCAUAUAUCCUGAAUAAUAUUAUUUUACAGUAGCGUGCACUUCAUACAUGCACAGAAGCACUGCCUACCCUAAACAAUUACGUAACUCGUAAAGUAGGAGGAUUUUUCCAUUUUCUGCCAAGUUUUUGAAUUAUGCCUCCAAUGGUCUAAAACCUUGUGCACGCCACUGUUCUUUUACAUCUUAUACGUAGUUAGGUUUCUUUUAACCAAUAUUUCCAAGAUUAACAAAAUUAACGGGAAUUUAUUUUUACACAACAAUGCUAAAACAGUUAUAUAUAAAAAUUCAAAUAGAAAUGGUAGUCUCUAUAAUUUUUAAAUUGAACUAAAUUGUCAGGUUUAGUAGCAAUGCAUAUUUUUUGACAUAGGACUCCUUUUAAAGUUGCUUAUUUCGUUAUUAUUUAUUUGUAAAUCCAAAAGUGAACAAAUAAUUUUUUAUUAAUUUGAUUGUAAAAAGGAUUCUUAAUCUUAUAUUGUACAAAAGACAUUCCAGACCUGUCAAUUUUGACCUGUUCAUUUUUAUAAUAUUUUGUAAUGCAAAUUCUUAAGUGGUCAGUCUAAAACUAGUUCUGCCCUUUUGAACAGGCAAUAUUGUCUAAAUGAUAGCACUAUUUUUAAACCUGGCAAUUUAGUUAAGCUUAGGGAUUUGUAUAUAACUGACUUUUUGUAUAUUACCAUUUUUAUAUUAUACUACUCAAAGCUUGUCACACAUUGAUACUAAUUUAGUUGUAAAAAAGAUCUAAUCUAAAAUUACCAGUUUUAAAUGCCUGUUUUUCUAUAAGGAAUGCUGUGUUAAAAAGUACUAUUUUUAGACUGGUCCAUUAUUUUUCGUUUAAACAUUUUUUUACAGCCAAAUUAGCAGUAUUAUCUUUAUUUUUUUAUUAUAAUAAAUAUUCUACACUCAAAACUCGAUUACAGAUUCAAUGUAUUAUGUUGUAUUUUCCAUUUAAAUUAUUUAAUUACCAACAUUCUAUCUAGAUUUUUAAGUAAAUUUAUAUAUAAAA